CGAAGAAGCUGGAGAAGCGCACGUGCAGCACCCUGUCAACAUGGGGAAAAGGAGCCAGAACAAACAGCUUUUCACUUCUUUAACCAAAAAGCAGAAGAAACACUUGAAGGAGUUCGGAGAGGAGCAUCCGUUCCACGACGAAGUCGAUGCAAGACCUGAAAGAACUGAGAUAUUGGAACUGCCGGCAAGCCCAGUACAGUCAGACGUUGAGCCUGAUGAGCUGGAGGAGGAGGAGGAGGAACCAGAGCAGAAAACGGCCUAUCAGAAGCUUCUCUCUACUCUCAGCCAACCCUCCAGUAAUGACAAGAGUGAAGAGGAGAGCACCGACGAGGAAGAUGAAGAAGAGGAGCUUCUUGAUGAAGGGGAAAGUGAUGGAGUUGCUGACGACAGUGAGCACGGUGAUGAAGCGGGAGAAGACGAGCCCGAGAAUGCAGACAAGACUGUGACUGAGGCAGUAGAAGGGGAGGAGAAGGAGGCAGGGGAUGAGUUCGUAGACGAGGAGCAUGAGACCCAGUUCUGUCUGGAGAGCGACUUCCCCGACGGAGGAGGACAGGGGGAUGCUGAAAGCUCUGCAGAGCAGCAAGACGGCAAAGACAUGUUUCUGCAGCAUUUAGAUGCAGAGCUUGGAGAAGAGGAUGUGCAGAAGAUAGAAUCUGGCAGCAAAGCCAAGACUCAGAUCACGUGGCCAAAAUUAGGCACUUUACUCUGCACCUUUCCCCUGGAGAGGUUUGGAGCCAUCGGCCCACAAAAAGACACAAACCUGCCAGUUUUCCACAAAGUUUUGAAGACCCGCUGGAAGGAUCUGAAGCAAACCUCCAACCCUAAGGGGCUGGCUGGUGAGAUCAGCCCCUUGCAGCUUGAGCUGCUAGCUCUUAUGGGCUCCUACAAGGACCUCUACUACCCAGAAACCUGUCCUGUGACCCAUGGCCCUCAGGUCUGCAGUGCGUACUGCCUCCACGUGCUCAACCACGUACUGAAGGCCAACUCUCGGGUCCUGUCUCACAACGCGCUGCUAAGGGAGCAGAAAACCAAAGCUAAACCUGGAGCUGAUCCGCAGGACGAACCCAGAGACCAAGGACUGACCCGGCCCAAGGUCCUGAUCCUCGUCCCGUUCCGAGGCGGAGCUCUGCGGGUCGUCCAGACAUUCAUCAGCUUGCUGGAGACCAAAGGCAAGAAGAUCGUGGUCAGCAACAAGAAGAGGUUCAAGGAAGAGUUUGGCGAAGAGGCCGAUGACAAGCCGCCCAAUCUGCAGAGACCAGACGAUUACAGCGCCAUCUUCUCAGGCAACGUGGACGAUCACUUCAGGAUAGGCCUCUCCAUUGUGAGGAGCAGCAUACGCCUGUACUCCCCCUUUUAUUCGUCGGACAUCAUCAUUGCGUCACCGCUGGGCCUCCGUACGGUGCUGGGAGCAGACGGGGAAAGUAAGCGAGACUUUGACUUCCUCUCCUCCAUCGAUCUGCUAGUGGUGGACCAGGCAGACGUCUUGCUCAUGCAGAACUGGGAACACGUCUUGCAUGUGAUGAAGCACAUAAACCUGCAGCCGCUGGACUCUCAUGGAGUGGACUUCUCCAGGGUGAGGAUGUGGAACCUGAACAAUUGGGCCGGACACUACCGGCAGACGCUGGUGUUCAGCUCCAUCCAGGACCCACAGAUCAACAACAUCCUCACCAAGAAGCACUGCGCCAACUACCGAGGACAGAUUGCCACUAAGAACAUGCCGAAAACGGGUUCCAUCUGCCAGGUGCUGGUUCAGCUGCCUCAUGUGUUUCAGAUGUUCUCCUGUGACAGCUUCAUGGACCACGAUGCCCGGUUUCAGUUCUUUGUAGACAAAGUGCUGCCUCAGUACAGGGACUCGGUUAUGUCCCACACUCUGAUCUACAUCCCGUCUUACUUCGACUACAUCCGGUUGCGCAACUACAUGAAGAAAGAGGAGAUCAACUUUACCAGCAUCUGCGAGUAUUCCAGCAAGUCAGAGGUGUCCCGAGCCAGACACUUCUUCGAGAAAGGGGAUAAACACUUCCUGCUCUUCACUGAACGCUUUCACUUCUACAAGAGGUACACCAUCAAAGGGAUCCAGAACCUGAUAUUCUAUGGAUUGCCCUCCUUCCCCCACUUCUACAGCGAGGUGUGUAACAUGCUGGCAGCAGGGGGUCGAGGGGAGGAGGCCAGCUGGACCGGCACCGCCCUCUACUCCCGCUACGACGCUCACAAGUUAGCUGCCGUCACGGGAGCUCAGCGGGCCGGACAGAUGCUGCACUCCAACAAGACUGUGCACCUCUUUGUUACAGGAGGGGACGAUAAAGCUUCCUGAUGGAGGUGGGCUGACAAGAGGCACCACAUCAUGAAACCCUGGGAGAUGUCUACUGCACACUGUUACACUCAAUUCAGGGUCUUCCUUCUGUAACAAGAAAGAUGUUGAAUGCAGGUCUGUGAUCGUGGAUUUCCAUGUGACACAUAGCAGGGUAACUGGUUUGACAUAAGAAAAGUGUACUGCCUAAGUAAGAAAGCUUUCCAUUAUAUUUUGGACAAUAAACACAAGGAAAAGCAUGUUUAUGGGCUUUGUUUGAUGUGUGGUUGGAGGAAGCUACCUAGAAACAUCAAGCCAGAGUGAAGAGAUCAUAAAACAUUGUUAUAUGCUGUGUGAGCAUCACUCACUGCUUGCCUGUGUGUUUACAGAUUUGUCAAAGUAUGUGUGUG